GGUGUGCUGCUGAAUCAAGCUCUAAUCAACUUUGGCCUAGCGUUUCUUGGCAAGAGGAGUUAUUUGCCACUUCAAACGCCCUUCUUCAUGCGCAAAGAGGUCAUGUCGGAAUGCGCACAGCUGGAACAGUUUGAUGAAGAGCUCUAUAAGGUCACUGGUGAAGGGGAUGACAAAUAUCUGAUUGCCACUUCAGAGCAGCCUUUGUGUUCAUACCAUCGAAAGGACUGGAUCGACCCAAAGUCUCUGCCUAUCAGGUAUGCAGGGUACUCUUCCUGCUUCCGAAAGGAAGCUGGAAGUCAUGGGAAGGACACACUUGGCAUUUUCCGUGUCCACCAGUUUGAGAAAGUGGAGCAGUUUUGUCUAACUGGUCCCAACGGUGCGGACUCGUGGGACAUGCACGAGGAGAUGCUGAAGAAUUCAGAAGACUUCUAUCAGCUGCUAGGACUCCCCUACCGUGUGGUGGUGAUAGUCUCCGGUGCACUGAAUAAUGCCGCUGCGAAGAAGUACGACCUGGAAGCCUGGUUCCCAGCUUCGAAGACCUAUCGGGAGCUUGUGUCCUGCUCAAACUGUACAGAUUAUCAGUCACGUCGACUUGAAAUCAGAUAUGGCACGAAGAAGAGCAAUGAGCAGACAAAACAAUAUGUGCACUUGCUGAACAGCACGUUGACGGCAACAGAGCGAACACUCUGCUGCAUCUUGGAGACGUAUCAGACUUCCGAAGGUGUGAACAUUCCUGAGUGCCUUCAGCCGUACAUGGGUGGAAUUACUUUCCUGCCAUUUGUAAGACCACCACCCAAGAAAUCCAGCAAGCCAAAACCGUCCACGACACCACAGGAUGUCACAGCGAAGGAAGUGGCAGAUGGUGUGAAGGGGAGUGUGAGCGUUGCUGGCGGUGCCGUUGUGAAUGGAGCGUCUUCGUGACGUCGUGAAAUUGUUAGAAAUUGGAGGAACAGUCGAUAGUUGUCUUGCGGACAAGGGAAAUUAGCCAGCAAGGAGGGGGAGGCGAGUGUCAGGGCAAUUGAUUAUGAUGGCGCUAAGGGCUCAUGGAGGGCGUAGAGGGUGGGCGCCGGGCGGGUUACGUUGUGGCACUCUCAGUGGAGUUGAGCCGACAAAAUUUUGACAGCUUUACUCGUUUGAUAUCUGAUUCGAUUCGAUUCGAUUCGAUUUGAUUCGAUCCGAUCCGAUGUAUUUCUGAAUUUUUUUUUUUUUUCCCUCCCUGGAUGUGGUGUUUGGUAAGAUGAUUUUUAAAACAAUUCAGUGAACUGUUUUGCGGAAAUUGUGUUCUCCAUAUCGUCUGCUCUCGUGUUGUUUUUUUCAGCUGUAAGGGCAUAUUCGUGCAAGGACUUGUCCCGUGUUGACUAGAUUCAUAGUGCGAAGACCGCUGACGCACUCCCCCGCCUGUUCCCCCCCCCUCUCCCCCCCCCUCCCCAUCCAAGGGUUCCCCUUUCCCUCCUCCUCCUCCUUGUCACUUUGUGAGAAGACGCAGCCCAGGAGGUUGUCGGAAUAUAGAGGAGUGUCGCUGCGAGCUAGACUGGAGGAGGAGGGGUAUUUACUAUUUUAUUCCUUAUUUUGAUUUGGUCUACUCAACAUGCUUUUAUGGAAUUGUUGGAACGAAAGUGCCUGCCGCGUCUGCAUGGGCAAACGGUUCUUUGUUGUGCAGAUGCUGCUCUUCACCCUUUGCAAGCCCUUCUUGGACUGUUUCCAACUUCCGCGUUCGAUGAAUGAGAUUAUUGCACAAUAGUUUGGAAGUGCUGAAAAGCUUAAACCACCGAAAAAAAAUAGAGUACAAACGUUUCUGGUUGGAUGAAUGUGGGCGCUCCUGUAGUGGCCCGUACGUUUCCUAAAAUCACGUAGCGUUAACGGGCACGACUUUAGGAAGUACUGGUGGUUUAAUGGGAGUCGACAGGUGUAUGGUAGACCCGUCGGGCAUAUCCCCAAAUGGGAAGUUCUGAAAGUGCUUUUAGUU